AAAACUUAAGCGGGUUUGGGGGAAUAAGCCAUUGAAUCACAAAUCAAAAAUCCCUAAAUAAAUAAACUUUUAUUAAAAAGUUUUAUUCAAAUUAAGACAGUUAUUAAGAAAGAAAUUGUAAGUAGUGAGUAAUUUCCGAGUGUAAUUUUCUAGUUUUAGUCAUUAACGAUUUUCAUGUGUGACGUAACCUCAAAAAACAUCGAAAUGUCAACCAGUGAAAACAUUGCGAUAAAAACGGAAUCCGACGACUCCAAUGACUCAAAACCCGUUUUUAGGCGUAAAAAACGCAAACAGCUCCGCCAGAGGAACCUCUCGGAGAAUAGCGACCCGGAGAAUGAGGACUUGGAGGAGCACUAAACUGGAAGAAAUGAAAGAACUGCAGAACCUCCGUAAGCGCCCCCAUGGCGUCAACGCCUUGGGCCUGGCCCUUGGCACCAAAAUCACCGUCGAAGACGAAUGCAUUGCGAAGGACCCUUUCAAGGUGAAAUCCGGGGGCAUGGUCAACAUGCAAGCCCUCAAAAGCGGCAAAGUGAAGCAAGUUGACGACGCCUACGACACGGGCAUAGGGACCCAAUUUUCGGUCGAAACCAACAAACGGGACGAAGACGAGGAAAUGAUGAGGUUCAUCGAGGAGGAGUUGUCGAAGAAGAAGCGCAAAGUGGAGCCCCCUGAGCAGGCGCAAGCCGAGAACAAGUCCGCAUACACGAGCCCCGAGGAGGCGGCUUUGAGGGCCGUUCCCGACCAUUUGCGGGAGUCGUCGACGAAGAGGUCGGAGGAGAUGUUGUCCAAUCAGAUGUUGAAUGGGAUCCCGGAAGUGGACUUGGGGAUCGAGGCCAAAAUCAAGAACAUUGAAGCCACGGAAGAGGCCAAGUUGAGGCUGCUGUGGGAGAAGCAGAACAAGAAGGAUGGGCCUUCGCCCUUCGUGCCCACGAAUAUGGCCGUCAAUUUCGUGCAACACAAUAGAUUUAAUAUAGAUGGCGAAGGCUUGAAGAAGAAAACCAAGGAUGAGAAAGUGGAAGAGAAGCCGAAGAAGAAGGAUGAAAGGGCCACCGAUGAUUAUCACUACGAAAAGUUCAAAAAACAGUUUAGGAGAUAUUAAACUAGUUCUUUUUUUAUUUGUAAAUACCAUGCGAUCAAAAAAAAAAAUUAAUUAGAGUAGGCGUCGAUUAAAUUCUACAGUUGGCAACACAUUGGGGCUGAAAAAUUUCCAUACAAACUGAGAGUGAAAAUGACCAUUCACCGUUUUCGUCUUGUACAGCAUUUUUGUAAUAAUUUGCAACAAUAAAAAUUUUCUACUCUGAA